AUUGAACUGCCUCUUCCGAUACGCUUAUAGCCAACCCGUAAGAUCCGGAACCAUGGCUGACAGUUGGAACAACGACGAGGCUGUUGCCGUCGAGCAAACGGGUCUUGUUACCCUCUUCAACAAGGUAUGGAGCUACGAGGAUGUCGAGGUCCGCGACAUGUCCCUCCAGGACUACAUGAUGGUCAAGCAACACCCCGUGUACUCGCCCCACACCGCCGGCAGGUACCAACAGAAGCGUUUCCGUAAGGCUCAGUGCCCCAUCGUUGAGCGCCUCUCCAACUCCCUGAUGAUGCACGGUCGCAACAACGGAAAGAAGCUGAUGACCAUCCGUAUUGUCAAGCACGCUUUCGAGAUCAUCCACCUCCUCACCGACCAGAACCCCCUCCAAGUCCUUGUCGACGCCAUCAUCAACACCGGACCCCGUGAAGACUCUACCCGUAUCGGAUCCCAGGGUACCGUCCGUCGUCAGGCCGUCGAUGUGUCUCCCCUCCGCAGGGUGAACCAGGCCAUCUGGCUCUUGACCACCGGUGCUCGUGAGGCUGCUUUCCGUAACGUCAAGACCAUCGCUGAGUGCCUGGCUGACGAGCUCAUUAACGCCGCCAAGGGUUCUUCCAACUCUUACGCCAUUAAGAAGAAGGACGAGCUUGAGCGUGUUGCCAAGUCCAACCGUUAAAGAACUCGGCCUUCAUUGGGCAGAUUUUUCAUACACAAGACGGGCACACAUGCGAUCGUCGAUGGUUCGCGUGGUGUCUGGCCGGGGGGGCCGGGCGGCGGGACAGAUGGAAGAGGCUCCUUUUUUUCGUCUCUGCUCGCGUUGUUCCUUGUUGUUCCACACAAAAUAUACAUAGGUUCCUUGAUCAACAUAUUUUGAGUGGCUCGUCAU